CUCGUCGUCGUCUCCUGGCUAGCCGGUAACCAGCCACUCACGCAGACUCGAGGCCACCACUGGGAGGAGAAGAUGGACGCCGCCCGCGCCUCCCUCCUCUUGGCCGGCGGCCUCGCCGUAUCCACCUCCACCUCCGCCGUCGCCACUGCCGCCCAAACCGUCUCGAUUCCUCACCUAUCGCCGCACACCCGCCGAAGGCGACAGCGCCGCUUCCUCCGCCUGGCCUCCGCUGCGGCGUCGUCUCCCCCGCCGCUCCCCGCUGCUUCGGCGCAGCCGCAUUGCUCUAGGUGGGUCGUGGUGAUGGAGAGACCCCCCGCGCCAGCGGGAGGCGGCGAGGUGUCCCGUGCGGAGGCCGUCGACCACUACGUCGCCACACUGGCCAGGGUAUUGGGGAGCCAGGAGGAAGCACAGAUGCGCAUAUACGAUGCUUCGUGGGAUGGGAGCUACGAGUUCAGCUGCGAGAUCGACGAUGAAGCGUCAAGGGACCUUGCGAAAAUGCCCGGGGUAUUAGCUGUUAAGCCAGAUACGGAUAAGGUUGAUAUGUCAGAGAAGGAUAAUCAUGGCUCAGGCCUCUCAGCAGCUAACCUAGGAAAUUUCAGUGAUGCUGUUUCCAAUCACUCUUCUUCUAGUGGGGAAAAUGAGUUUUGGCUUGUGCGAAUGGAGAAGCCUGGGGUUGAAGUUGUGACAAAGGCACAAAUGGUGGAUCAUUAUACCCAAACCCUCAUGAAAGUGUUGGGGAAUGAAAAGGAUGCACAAGUCAGCAUAUAUCACAUUUCAUGGGAGAGGGAUUAUGGCUUCUGCUGUCACAUUGACGAAGAAUGUGCCAAGGAGCUAGCUGAUGUUUCUGGAGUGUUAUCUGUUCAACCGGACACAAAUUUUGGAUCCGACAACAAAAAUUACAAAGGUGAUGACAGCUUCAAAUCGUCUGAAGCUACUCAGGCUGAAGUCAAAACUAAAAGGCUUUUUGUUACAGGUCUUUCAUUUUAUACAUCUGAGAAAACUUUGCGGGCUGCCUUUGAGCCUUUUGGUGAACUAGUUGAAGUGAAGAUAAUAAUGGACAAGAUAUCAAAAAGAUCAAAAGGGUAUGCUUUCAUAGAAUACACCACAGAAGAAGCUGGAGGUGCUGCUCUGAAAGCAAUGAACGGACAGAUAAUAAAUGGCUGGAUGAUAGUUGUCGAUGUUGCUAAACAUAGAUCGAGGGACCGUCAACCCCCGUAUAGUGCAUCAGGUAGAUCCAAUCAAGUGCUUCGAUCGCGUUAUCAUACUGGAUGAACAAAGCAUGACACCUAGAGAUUAGACACAAGAUUAGCAGUGAGUACGAAGUAGAAACCAUAGUUUUCCGGUGGUGUUGUAUUUUUGCGUGGCCUGCUAUUCUAAUGUUUCCAAGAGAUGAUAGCGGGCUACAGAUUCCAUAAGUUUAGUAAUAUCUAACAUGUACUGGAUUGAUGCAAUAUCUUUUGAUACUGCAUUGGUAAUAUGAGCUUGAAUAGAUAAUCUCAUGUAACAUAUUUCUAUCAA